AUGUCUCAAGUGAUGAAACCGAAGGUUGUCUUUGUUCUCGGAGGACCAGGCGCGGGGAAAGGGACCCAGUGUGCUAACAUUGUCAAAGAAUAUGGUUUCGUACAUUUGUCUGCUGGCGAUCUGCUGAGGGACGAGAGGCAGAGGCCUGGGUCACAAUAUGGAGAGCUUAUCGAGACCCACAUCAGAAACGGUACCAUUGUCCCGGUCGAAAUUACGUGCAAGUUGAUAGAAAUCGCGAUGAAAAAUGCACAGACCAACAAGUUCCUAAUUGAUGGCUUUCCAAGAAACAAGGACAACUUGGAAGGGUGGAAGAGAGAGAUGGAGGAUAAAGUGGACUUGCUUUUCGUCCUGUUUCUUGACUGCAAUGAGAAAGUAUGCGUUGGCCGUUGUUUACAAAGGGGUGCUCAGGGAAGUGGACGUUCUGAUGACAAUGAAGAAACAUUGAAAAAAAGAAUUCAAACAUUUUACAAUGACUCCUUGCCAAUUGUGGAAUAUUACAGGACACUCAAUAUGGUGAAAACUAUGGAUGCUGGAAAAUCGAAAGAAGAAGUAUUCAGUGAUAUCAAAGAAAUAUUCAGUAAAAUUUAA